CAAACACUCUGUACCUCGACUCUCAAGUCACCUAAAAGAAGACAUCAAGUAUUAGCCAUGACAUCCGUAGCACAAACCACUAGUACUCCCUCGCAAUCUGCUCCAUCGCAGCUGGAUCCAGCCGUAGAGGCCGCAGCGUUCAAGCGACUGUAUCCUCGGAAAUACCUUUCUCGGUUCUUGGAGCACGAUCGACGGCCAGAUGGGAGACCGACGGAAAGCUGGAGAGAAGUCGGAGUCAAUGCCGGUGCGGUAUCGACCGCGAACGGAUCGGCUCUGAUCAGGUUGGGGGACACGACAGUGGUCUGUGGAAUCAAGGCAGAGACGGCAGAACCAGAUUGGGAUCGCCCGAAUGAGGGGUGGCUGGUACCGAACGUCGACCUUCCUGCCAUCUCAUCACCCAACUUCAAGCCUGGACCACCGGUAGACGAGGCGCAGGUCUUUUCACAACAGAUUUAUGACCUCCUCAUCUCAUCAAAUGUACUACCACUAAGAAAGCUCGGGAUCCGACCGGGAAAGUCAGCCUGGGUGUUGUACAUCGACAUCGUCUGCAUCAACUACGACGGGAACGCUUUUGACGCUGCCGUAUUGGCAGUAAUGACGGCUUUACGGAAUACGGUCUUGCCGGUAGCGACGUACGAUGAGGAUGCGGAUCAGACAAUCUGUUCGAGGACCGAGACGAGAAAUCUGAAGGACGAUCUGAGGAGCAUACCUCUGGCUUGCACGUUCGGGAUCUUUGACAACAAAUACCUCUUACCCGAUCCAUCUGCGUUCGAAUUCCCACUUUGUCCGACGACUAUCACCAUCGCUCUAGACUCUGAAGAUCCAACCUCGACGUUAAAAUCGAAAACCAAGUCGACCAAAACCGUAGAGCCGAGGAUCAGGUUGGUCAGGCAAGAAGGAAUGGGAGGGUAUGCGGGCAAGGCGGGUAUCGAGGUCGUCGGCGAGUGUAUUGGGGCAGCCAAGGCGAGGGUAAGGGAACUGAGCGAGAAGUUGUAUGGACAGUAGGUGGCCAUGGUGAGCGAGCCAGGGUGGAAGGGUAUAAUCAUAUAACCGUGGCUGGAAGGAUUGAAGAACGAUACGUGUUGCCAAGGGCUACUGCUAGCUCCGUUACAUUGAUGGAAUAACAGCGACCGGUUCACUCCAUACACCCGUGAACCGAUAAGCCAUCUGUCCGAG